AUGUUGGUGUGGCAGGAUAUUUUCACAGAUGAUGAAGUGAUGUCGGAUUCACUUAAAGUGUCUCCAUGCAAGGACAUGGAAGGGAAUGAAGUCUCUGGGAUGUUUCAAGUCGAAUCCAAGACAGUGACCAAGGGUUCGGACAAUAUCGAUAUUGGAUGUGGUGAUGCUUUUGGAGGAGACGAUGAACAAGUUGACGACUCAGUCGAGACAGUCAACAAUGUCAUUGAUGACGCAAUCGGCUUUGGCUACAUUGAGACGGGCUUUGACACGAAAGCCGAGCUUAAAACGUACCUCAAGUCGUACUUUCGUAAGACGAUGAAGCACCUCAAGUCGAGUGACGCAGGAGACGAAGCCCUUGCUCAAUUCAAGACUGACGCUCAGGAGAUUGUCAAGUUCCUUGUGUCUAUGUUUAGUGAGCUGCAAUUCUACAUGUUCAAGUCAUGUGAUUCGGAGGCUGGUCUUGCCUACGCUUACUACCCUGAGGGUGCCGUUGCUCCGACCUUUUGCUACAUUAAGUGGGGCCUCAAGGAAGUUAAAUUUUAA